UCGUUCUUUUAGCGGAGCGACUUGGGAGAGACGUUGGUGCCGAUGACUGUGGUGUGAUUCAUCGACACGGCUGCCACAAACCUAUUCGGCAUUUCGCUGCUAUUCUGAAUGUUGCAACGCCUUUCAAGUAUUGCCAAGAAAGCUUUAAACGCUCAACUGUAUAGAAAUGUCUCUCGUCCAAGUACAACGUUCGCCUUCACCGUCAGUCGGCGACGAAAGUGAAGUUUUGGAGUUCGAUGAGUCAAGAUGCUCGUCGAGAAAUCGAAGCAUGUCCGAAUGCUAUUUUGCUGUGAGAGGCGCCGCGGUCAUCUUACCUCACAGCGAUAACUCACCGACAUGUUCUCAUGGGUCCGCAAAUGGAGCUGAAAUUGAAAGUCACCUUCAGUUGAUGUUGAGGCUUUUGAGACCUCAAGACAAAAUGAGCAUGGCAGUCCGACUACAAACUCAGGUUUCUGAUCAUGUAAGAUAUCUUGCCGUUGUUUCAACUCACGAUGUGGAUAAACUAACCCUUUUAAUUGGCAUGGAUUACUACAAAGAAAAUAUGACAAUAGGAGUUGUCUUGCCGUUACUAUGGUGUAGCCGAGUAGAGCUGGCGGGCGAUGGUGGUGUUGCAGUAUAUGGGUCCGGAUCGUGCAGUAAGGCCGACAAUGCCCUUCUUUUCCGACCAGUUUCGGUGCAGGCCAUGUGGUUCGUGUUCCAAUCAUUACAUAAGGAACUGGAUGGCACACGUCACGAAACGAGAAGAUUACGUGAACCAGCAAGCGCAACUGAAUAUUAUAUGGACAAAAUCUCCUCUCCAGAUUUCCUCUGUGCACAGUGGCAGCAGUCCCCGAUGGAAUUUGAUGAUGAAGAUGAGUUGAAAGCCGACACAGUUCGAGAUCACUUGUCUGAGGAGGGGAAAGCGAAGGAAGCAUUGUUGCGAAGAGAAUUACGGCAGAUCAUGCAAAGUGUAGAUUUGGACAGCGUCACAAGUCGUGAUAUUCGUGAAGCCUUGGCCCAACGUGUGGGCUGCGUGGACGGACACAAGGAUUUCAUUGACCGCGAAAUGUUGGUCAUACUGGGACAAAUGGAUAAACCAAGUCGUAUAUUCCCUUAUCUUCUUCUUGGUACCGAGUGGAAUGCAUCAAAUUGGGAGGAGCUAAAUCAAAAUAAUGUCGGUUAUAUCUUGAACAUGACUCGAGAAGUUGACAACUUUUUUCCAAUGCAUUUUAAAUACGUAAAGAUCUCAGUCCCUGAUGAUGCUAGCACCAAUUUGCUGAAUAACUGGAAUCUUACCUAUAGUUUUAUAAAGGAAGCGAAAGAAUCGGGUAAGGUAUGCUUGGUGCACUGCAAAAAGGGCAUUAGUAGAAGUUCUUCGACGGUUAUCGCAUACGCUAUGAAAGAAUACGGUUGGAGUUUAGAACAUGCACUCGCGUAUGUGAAGAACAGGAGAAACUGCAUCACUCCAAACAAAGGCUUUAUGGAGCAACUGCAGACGUUUGCGGGCCUUUUGGAAGCGUCACGGCAUCGACAUGCGCCUCAGUUCAAUGGACGAGGGACGACACCAGCUGUCCCCAACUCCCGCGCACACUCUGCGUCAUGCAUUCGGACCCCACGUAGAGUGGCUUCAGCUUCCGACUCCGUGCGAUUCAUCAUACGUGAAUUUGAGCUACGUCGUCGCGGCGCAGAGGACCCAGUGCGUCAUUCUUUCCCCCUCGAUGUGAUAAGCAAGCGGAGUUCUAUACAACAAAUCAGUUAGUGUUGUCUGAUAGUCAUUUGAUUUACUAUGGUACUUGUACAAAUGUAUACUAAUAUUGUUCAUACGGAAUUUUGUACCCAAAGGGAUUUUCAGCAAUCAGCAUUUCGCCAAACAUGAGAUAAGCACUUUAAUGUUCAUUGUUUGACCAAUCAUAAAGACCUAUUUUAAUAAU